GUGGGAGUGCUUAAGGAAGUAAAAUGGCGGACCUGGCGAACGAAGGUGCACGACCGCAGGCAGGCUGGCCCCCUGCCUGGCCCUGACCCCCCACACCACGCUCCCCGCUGUCGGAGGGGUGGCCCGAGGCUUCCACCUUGAGCCGCAGGAGUGCGUGUGUGAUGAGAGCGAGGCGCCCACCCUGGCGGAGCCUUUGGGACGGUACCACGUGCCGUUCAGAGUCUGGACCCGUGUUGUCUCGGGUCACCGCACUCCUCCCAAAAGCUCCACGAGAAAAGCCUGCCAUCGCUCCGCCCGUCUUUGUGUUUCAGAAGGAUAAAGGACAAAAGUCCUCUGCAGAGCAAAAAGACUUGUUGGAUUCGGGAGAGGAGCCUCAGGGGGAGGCUGAGGCCCCCUGCCAUGGCGUGGGUCACCCCGAGUCAGCUGGUGAGCAUGCCCUAGAGCCUCCUGCCCCCGCUAGCCCUCCAGCCAGCGCUCCUGAAGCCCAGCUUCUUCCUUUUCCGCAAGAACUGGCAGGGAGGUCAGCUGGAGGCUCCAGCCCCGAAGGUGGAGAAGAUUCUGACCGAGAAGAUGGAAAUUACUGCCCUCCUGUCAAGCGAGAACGAACAUCCUCUCUGACCCAGUUCCCACCUUCACAGUCAGUGUCAAAAAACAAUGUCUUUAUGCCAUCAUCCUUCUGCGAGCCAUCUGCCGGCAAUUCUGACUCUGAACCAGAGGAGAAGAGCAGUGGGUUCCGGUUGAAGCCGCCGACGCUGAUCCACGGCCAGGCACCCAGCGCAGGUCUGCCCAGCCAGAAGCCCAAGGAGCAGCAGCGGAGCGUGCUUCGCCCGGCGGUGUUACAGGCACCCCAGCCCAAGGCCCUCUCCCCUGCAGUCCCGAGCAGCGGCACCAACGGGGUCAGUAUCCCAGCGGACUGCACGGGGACAGCGACUUCAGCAUCGCCUGACAACCCUGCUCAAAGAAGUCCCUCUGAAGAGGCGCGAGUGCGGGAGGAGAAAGAGCCCCAGAAAAAUGAGUCUAGCAAUACUUCUGAAGAGGAAAACUGUGAGAAAAAAGAGCAAAUUGCACAGCAGGCGUUUGUGUUCGGGCAGAACUUGAGGGACAGAGUUAAGUUAAUCAACGAAAACACUGAAGUGGCUGACAUGGAGAAUGCUGGGCACCCCAGUUCAGAAACACCGACUGCGACCAACUAUUUCCUUCAGUAUAUCAGCUCCAGUUUAGAAAACUCGACCAAUAGUGCCGAUGUCACCAGCAACAAAUUCGUCUUUGGCCAGAACAUGAGCGAGCGUGUGUUGAGCCCGCCCAAAUUCAGUGAGGUCAGUUCAGAUGCCAACAGGGAACACACGGCUGCCGAGUCUGGGUCUGAGUCCUCAUCCCAGGAGGCCACCCCCGAGAAAGCUGGUAACAUUUCAGAGUCCCUGGCUGAGUCUGCGGCAGCCUACACCAAGGCCACGGCUCGGGGGUGCCUGCUGGAGAAAGUGGAGGUCAUCACCGGGGAGGAGGCCGAGAGCAACGUGCUGCAGAUCCAGUGUAAGCUGUUUGUCUUUGACAAGACGUCCCAGUCGUGGGUGGAGAGAGGCCGGGGGCUGCUCAGACUCAACGACAUGGCAUCGACCGAAGACGGGACGUUACAGUCCCGACUAGUGAUGCGGACCCAGGGCAGCCUGCGGCUGAUCCUCAACACCAAGCUGUGGGCCCAGAUGCAGAUCGACAAGGCCAGUGAAAAGAGCGUCCGCAUCACAGCCAUGGACACCGAGGACCAGGGCGUGAAGGUCUUCCUGAUCUCGGCCAGCUCCAAGGACACGGGCCAGCUGUAUGCAGCCCUGCACCACCGCAUCCUGGCCCUGCGCAGCCGCGUGGAGCAGGGCCAGGAGGCCGAGGCACCUGCCCCCGAGCCGGGGGCAGCACCAUCCAAUGAGGAUGACAGCGACGACGAUGACGUGCUGGCUCCGUCAGGGGCCCCAGGAGGUGGCACUGGUGACGAAGGGGAUGGGCAGACGGCCGGGAGCACAUAGCGCCGGGAGCCGGCUGCCCGCGAGCCUGCUGCUUUGUCCGUCUGCCCGCCCGCCCUCCCGCCCCCACCCCGGCAGCGUGGAGGUGAGGGUCUCGGGAACCACACUCCCCGCUGGGUUGGCUGCAGUCUGGAUCCGCACGUCCCGUUCAGAAGCAGACUCGGGGACUGCCUGAAUGUGGUUUGGGACACGAGACCUCAUCAUAUUGAUGAGCAACACAAAGAGAACAUUUCCCCUCCCCUCUCGGAAUUGAAAUGGCACAUUAAGACUUGUCACGGCUUCCCACUGGGACUGGGCGCCUGGUCUCUUCACCUUCCUCGCCGUGGCGCCGGUCUCUCCCCGCUGGCCUGCGCACCGUGUAAGCGCCAGGCCUGCUGCCCUCAGUGUCUCCCACCUUCCACACUGAUCUGGGGCCUGUAUUUCAGUUCUCCCUCUUCCCCCAAGGCUUUCGGGGUUCCUAGGUCAAGACGCUGCUUCCUGUGCGGUGAGCAGGCCCAGCUCCAUCACUUCCACGUCCUCCUCCCUGGGCCCUGGCCCCAGUGCCAGGGCCUUUCCAGGGAGCUGGGGGCACUGGGGGUCCCCUUGUUCCCCACCUGGGUUCCUGCAGGCCACAUCAUGGGGUGAUGAGAGGUGAGACCCCAGGCCUGGAAAGAGCUCACCCGCAAGAGGGUCCCUGGCCCUGGGCAGGUCCCUGCUUCUGCUGUUGGCAAGUCCUUGCCCAGCCAUGGACCUUGCUGCCCCUGGGCCAUCCUGGGCAGGGGCCUCUGUGAGAGGCGGGGAGCCCUGGCAGGGCCUGCGAGGAUGGGGCGGGGACUGGUUUCGGACAGCGCUCACAGCACCCCCACCGGGAGCAGCCAGAGCCGCCGGGUGCCACCCGCCUGGGGAGGCCUGGGACGGUCCCUGUGCGCGGGGCCUGACGGGUUCCCGAGGAAGCUGCCUGGCUCGCCCUCCGAGGGCAAGGAGAAGGCCUGGUCUCCACGGCUGUGCCGCCCUCCCCGGGCGUGGCCUGAGCCUGGGAGGGAGGACACCAGAGGCCCUCCAGCAGGUCCAUCACACUUCUCUGCUUUAAGCCUUAGCCAGCUAGUGACAAGUAAGACCAGAUAACGCCCAUGUGUUUUGGAACAUUUAUGUAAGAUUGUCAUAUGAAAUGUAUUUGGGAACUACAUUAAAACUUUUAACUAAAA